AGAUAGCGCUGGCACUCCUCCCUUCCAUGUCGCCCCCCGGCCCCUUCUCUUCUUCUUCGCGCCAUCUCCUUCCUCCCGCACUAUCCACGUCCCGUCUCCUUCCGCUCUUAGCCUACCACAAGUGCAUCGUCCACGCGCACCACCACUACAGGAUCACACGCGCCCGUACGUGCGCGUGCCGCGAGGAACAAGAACAACAAGAAGAAGCAGCCGACGCGUGCUUGCUUCCUAGGCUGGUUCGCCAUGGGGAAUUGCUUCGGCUCCCCUGACGCCGUCGCCGCCGCGGCGGCGAAACCGCCGAGUACUCCUGCCAAAGGGCCACCGCCGGCAUGGCCGAAGCCGAACGACGGCGGUCACGGGGCGGGGCGCGUCCUCGAGGCGCCGAGGCUGAGGGAGUUCACGCUGGCGGAGCUGCGCGCGGCCACGCGGGGGUUCAAGCCGGAGAUGGUGCUCGGGGAGGGCGGCUUCGGCCGGGUCUACAAGGGCUGGGUCGACGAGCGCACGCUCAACCCGGCCAAGAGCAGCGCCGGCGUCAUCGUCGCCGUCAAGAAGCUCAACCCGGAGAGCGUCCAGGGCCUGCAGGAGUGGCAGUCCGAGGUCAACUUCUUGGGCAGACUGUCGCACCCCAACCUGGUGAGGCUGCUGGGCUACUGCGGCGAGGACAGGGAGCUGCUCCUGGUGUACGAGUUCAUGUCCAAAGGCAGCCUGGAAAACCAUCUCUUCAGGAGGGGGACAACGGAGCCGUUGCCGUGGAGCACGAGGCUCAAGAUCGCCAUCGGCGCGGCGCGCGGGCUGGCCUUCCUGCACUCGUCGGAGAAGCAGGUCAUCUACAGGGACUUCAAGGCCUCCAACAUCCUCCUCGACACGGAUUUCACGGCGAAGCUGUCGGACUUCGGGCUGGCCAAGAACGGCCCGUCGGCGGGGAGGUCGCACGUCACGACGCGGGUGAUCGGCACCUACGGCUACGCGGCGCCCGAGUACGUGGCGACGGGGCACCUGUACGUGAAGAGCGACGUGUACGGCUUCGGCGUGGUGCUGCUGGAGCUGCUCACGGGGCUGCGCGCGCACGACCUCAACCGGCCGAGCCACCAGCAGAACCUGGUGGACUGGGCGCGCCCCUACCUCGCCGGCCGGGGCAAGCUGGCCAGCCUCAUGGACCAGCGCCUCGCCGGCCACUACCCGCCCAAGGCCGCGCUCCAGGCCGCCAGGCUCGCCGGCAAGUGCCUCGCCGGCGACCCCAGGAGCCGCCCCUCCAUGGCCGACGUCGUCGACGCGCUCGAGGGCAUCCAGGCCACGCAGCAGGCGCCCGCCGCGGGGGGCAAGGGGCACCGGGACCUGCCGCCGAGGCCCGUCGCGCGCCGCGCGCCGUACCAUGAUUCUUCCAGGCCGCGUUGACGCGUCGCUGCUGCUUCAGCAAGCAUGCUGCUAAUUAACAACACUUUGGAUUUUAAUUCUUCAUUCGACUAACCAAUAGAUUGUGUAAAGUUGAUUUUUACUACUACGUACUUUGCAAAAGGACGCACCUGGUUAACUACUGUAGUUCCUCAUUAA